AUGUCAUUUGCCCCAGGGCCAUGGCCCAUAUACUCCGUAGAAGAUAAAGAAGGCAUGGAAUGGAAUUCUUGGCAUAGCAUAGAACAUCGUGAUUGCACGUGUGUCCUUGAAGUUAAAUUCAUGAAGAGGGUAUCUACCGCAAAGUUGAUCGCGGCCGGUACUUCCGAACGAACAUACCCCAAGACGUCAACUACGCAACCUCCAUCCGUUCCUCCCCUCCCCAACCCAACUCUAAAUCCAUCAAUCUCCACCUCCAUCUCCAUCUCAUCCUCCUCCUUACCAAACUCAUUUCAAUACACAUACAUACCCAUACCCCGUCAAGCAGAGCAACGAGAAGGAACGAGACGAAACGAGACAAGACAAGACAAGAAGCCAGAAGGCCAAGCAGUUUUUAACUCACAUUCUUCCGAAAUAUUAACUUUGAGCCCCCAACCCAUCCCAAACCCAACCAGUCCAGUAAAUCAGCAAACUAGUACAUCAGCAAACCAGCAGACCAGUAAACUUUAUUCCAUCACUACCGAACCCCCUAGAAAACACAUCAACAUCAACACCAACACCCUUCCCAAACAAACAUACAAGCCACCUCUCUACCUCCCUAAAUAG